AUGCCUCAAACAUCGUCCGCCCACUACGCCCUCGCAGGGAGACCGCCUCUCCUGCCUGCUGCACAUCAGCUCGACAACUCCGCUUUCGACGGAUGGGAACCUUUCGGCAUGUGGCUCGACACUGUCUACAUUCAGGCAAGAAAUACACUAGGGUACAUGAUACGGACGAGGCAGGCGCAGGAAGUCAAGGACGCAUGCGAACGGCGUCAAGACGCGAUCGUGCAAUGGCGGCGCUCCUUCCCCGACCCGAGCACCCUACAUUAUUGUCACCAAGUUGGCGAACUGCUUCCGCUCGUAGCCUGUAUGGGUAAUCUCGCAGGCAUUGCCGAGGUUAUCUGGACGACGCCUCUGGAGCAUGCGCUUGUCCUGCCGACUUGGCAAGUUGUGAUGUGCAAGAACGUCACUGGACCUGUGCCAACGCAUCCUUCUGCCCCGCAGCAUGGCCCUCCUCACCACCUCGCCAGCGCGCAUGAUCCGUUCGCUCCGGGCAGGAGAUCGGUGUCACAGCGAUGGUGGGAGUACCAAGCACACGUCUUUGACCGCCAGGGGAGUCAUUCGUCGAUUGGCUUCGACAAGCUGCCUGAGCAUCUCAAGAACUUCAACGAGCCGUUCCAGCCUCGCCAUCCAGCUCCCGAGGCUUCCUCCGAUCCUUUCCCUCCAAGCCGUCACCCCUUCACACACCCGACGAGUCACCAACCGCAUUCCUCGCAAUAUCUCGCCGUCUACCCGGAGGACAGCCACUUAUACGCCAAUCAAGGUUAUGACCCUACCGAGGCGAUGUACCCAAUACUCGGUUCCAACGCCACGCUUGACGAGCAUGGCAACCUUGUUCCGCUCAGCCGCCGCACGACGCAUUCGCGUUAG